AUGGCUUACCCUCAAGAGACAUUUAUUCGAAUGUCGCUGACACCAGGAUCGCUGAUAUACAAGCGGCGUGAAGCCGUAGCUUCCAAGACCCUCUCAUAUCAACUCAAAGUGCUGAAAGAGACAGGCAGAUAUGAUGCCUUUAAGUUGAGAUGGCUUCCACAAUACGACGAACAGCCAAUUGUGUGGCCGAUACCAAAUCACCUGUUCUGGGAUUCGGACAUUGGGAAAUGGAUUGAAGGGGCAUGCUACUUGCUACAUGACCAUCCAAAUGCCGAGAUACAAUCCGCGGUCGAUGAGCUAACUCAAAUGAUUGCCUCUGCUCAGCAACCAGAUGGCUACCUGAAUAUUCAUUAUACGGUUGUGGAGCCAGGAAAACGAUUUACUCAUAUCCGCGACUUCCAUGAGCUUUACAACGCAGGCCACCUUCUCGAGGGAGCUCUUGCACAUAAUCACCUCUACAAGAAUGGCGACCUUCUUAACCCGUUGAUCAAUUAUGUCGAACUCAUAUGCCGUACCUUUGGGCUUGAUGACGGUCAAAUUCCCGGCUACCCAGGCCAUCCUGAAUUUGAGCUUGCGCUUCUUCGACUGCACGACCGAACGAAGAACCCCAAGUUUCUUGAACUAGCCAAGUACUUUCUAACGGAAAGGGGAAAACGCGGCGCAAACGGCGAUACCUUUUUCGAAAAAGAAUCGAAGGGUCGUGGUGAAAAGGAAUACGAGAAACCAUGGUUCGCGGCCGAAAGGGCUCCUUUGUGGUACUAUCAAGCUCAUAAACCGAUUAUAGAGCAAGAGACCAUCGAAGGACACUCUGUGCGCGCUAUGUAUCUGCUUACGGCGGCCGCCGAUCUGGUCCGGUUAAAUGGCAGUCCAGAGAAACCGUUGCAAGAUGCGGUUUACAGGUUAUGGGACAACAUGGUGCAGGCCAAGAUGUACCUCACCGGGGGGAUUGGCGCAAUACAAUCAUGGGAAGGGUUUGGGCCGGACUACUACCUUCCCCAGGGGACUGACGAUGGAGGCGGCUACGCCGAGACAUGCGCUGGCAUUGGUGUUAUGAUGCUGGCCGAACGGAUUCUACAGUACGAUCUUGACCGCCGGUUCAGCGACGUCAUGGAGUUAGCUCUGUACAACGCAGUCCUGACAGCAAUGUCGCACGAUGGAACCAAGUUCACGUACGUCAAUCAACUGGCUUCCAGCGACAAACACCCUUCGAGGCGAGAGGAGUGGUUCUGGUGUGCCUGCUGCCCGCCAAACGUUCUGAGACUGCUGGGGCAGAUUGGGGGUUACAUAUACUCGCAUUUCGAGGAACAACGGCAGAUCAAUGUUCACUUGUACGUCCCAAGUGAAUAUGAAUUCAAAGCUGGAGACCAGCGUGGAGUUCUGAGCCAAAAGAGUGAUUGGCCAUGGAGUGGGCAGGUUGAGUUCGAACUUAAAGGAGAGGCGUCGCAGGUCGCUGUGGCACUGAGAAUCCCGGAAUGGGCCAAGUCAUGGAAGUUGACCCCAUCCCCACCGGAUACCACUCUAGCGAAGGGCUACCUCAUCCUGCCGGCCUCGUGGGUAUCCGAAAACAGAUCCUUUACACUCACAGUCGAUAUUUUGUCUCGCUUCAUCGCGCCUCAUCCAUUUACCAACCAAGGCACCGUCGCCCUCGCCCGUGGCCCGAUUGUGUACUGUGUCGAGGAUAUCGACAAUACUUGGGUGACCGACCAUUUCAGAAGCGUGCAGCUGAACCCUUUAAGCUCGGUGCAGGAGAGAGUUGUAGCCUGCCAGACCACGGGCGACACAUACGUGGCCCUGAAGGUGGUCAAUGGGGCAAGCUUGCUCCAGCCCGAGAGCAUCCGUGCCCAGCCUGGUGUUGAAGUUGAUGGAGUGAACAAAGAGCAGGCACCGUCGGAUCGUACUGCCGUUCUCGAUGAAUUAAAUUUUGUGCCGUUCUACUUCCGAGCAAAUCGCGGCGGAAAGGGGCAUGCGAGAGUGGGUUUGAGACGCUGGCAUCGGUCGGUCUGA